CUCUCUAAUGGCCCGACCUUCUGAAGUACAACAGCCCCUUCACUGGAACUUCACUGAUUUAAUUCCCACAAGUUUUCUUCAUCAUUUGCAUAGCAAAUCAUUCUUCCUAAUGCUAGUAUUCUUCUCUCUACUAAUCCUUAUCACCACCCUAUCAAUUUAUGCUCAUUGGGUUUGUCGCCAUAAACGCCGCCUCUCAACCACGGCCACCACCGUUGCACCAUCAUGUUCAAGCUCACCGGGGCUUAAUCAAGCCACCAUCGAUAGCCUUCCGGUAAGCUUGCACCGUUCAUCGAUGGAGAUUAAUAUCGCUGAAGGUGAGUGCUGCAUAUGCCUCAGUUUACUUGAAGAUGAAGAUAAGGUGAAGGUGUUGCCUGAUUGUAACCAUGAAUAUCAUUCUGAAUGCGUGGACAAGUGGCUCAGUACUCAGUCUAGCUGCCCUCUUUGUAGAGCUUCUUUAGGAGCUGUAAAUUCUCUCCAUGACUCUGCCAUCCCUUGAUUGAUUGGGCUAAUUCAGAAGAACAUAAUCCAUAUACAUGAAAUCGCCCCCCAUAUAUAUAUAUAUUUUAAUAAAGAAGGUUUUGAAAUAAAUGAGCUUAACAUUUAUCCCAU